UGGCGUUGGGUAGUUUAGGUUGUCUGAUGGGUACCGCCUGAUGAGGGUGAACUUUGACGCGAUUGGCGUUGGGUGGUGUUGUUCCACCUCCUUGAGGACAGAGACUGGAAUUCUUGUGGGGGCAAGGAAUUUCAGGGUGAUGAUGGUGCUCACCCCCUGCUGAGAUGAGGUCCUCCGGAUUUCUUCAUGACAACGGAGUUUGGGAGGGUGGAUGGGAUUUGCAUGCAGGAAGCAGGGGUGGAUGCGAUUGGUGCUGAGUAUCACGGCGAGUACCGGCCACUGGUCACUAACUCCACCUGGAUCAGCUUGAGAUGUGGAUCGGGGAGGGAGCCAGCGGGGAAUGAGGAGUUUGAGGACAGCGAGGAGGAGAGGAGGGCGGUCAAGGGUGGAGAUGAUGAUGGUGAGAGUGAUGCAAAGGACAUGGAGGCGCGGCGAGAGGUGGAGCGUGCCAGGGGAAAGCUGAUGAAGGAGAAGGCCGUUGACGAGGACAGCACCUCUGACGAGGACGCCGACGACGACGAUGGCGAUGAGGGAGCAGACCUUGGGGCCUCUCUGGAUGGGGGGUUGAUGGGCGAUGGCCGUCGUGGCCAAGAGGGGGCAGCUAGGGCGAUGAAGGAGGCUGCGGGAUCGAAGAAGAGAAAGAGGAAGGCGAAGAUGACUACCACUAAGGCGAGAUCAGCACCUUCUCAGCCCAAAAAGAGCAGAUGGUGGUACGUGAGCGGCAUCCCAUUCGAGGCGGCGAGGAGGCCAGAGUAUCAUAGGAUGAGGAAGAAGUUGCUUGAGUAUCCGCCGUAUGCACAUCCGGCAUUACCCACGCACCGUGUCAUUUCGUGCGAAGGCAUCCCUCAGCAGCAGCGAGUUGUGGCGGACAUGGUGGCGGCCAUCCAUAGGGCUAUUGAGGCGACGGGAGCGACCAUCCUCACGGAUGGUCGCAAGUCCAUCACGAGCGACCAGAUAGUCAACUUCCUUGCUGCUGGUCCCACGGGCGCGUACCUUUUCAGGAUUGUGCAGCGGGAUGGUGCUGUUCAGGAGACAACAGAGGCCGUAGUGGAGCGAUGGAAGGACGUGUUCGACAAGUUUGGUGUCGACAAGGUUAACGCCAUUUGUACUGAUUCCGCGUCUGCGUAUGUUGCUGCGUCCAAGCUCCUCGCCCAGGAGGAAGUCAAGUACAACCGCAUCACUUGGCUUCCGUUUGCGGUCCAUGUCUGCAACUUGUUGUUGUCAGACAUCGCGAAGGAUGGGCGCGGCGGGAGCCUCGGGAAGAGGGAGGACACCAUCAUCAGGGCUCGAGCUGUCGUGCGUUUCAUCAGAGAGCACGGGCUGCCGCUCACCCCUCUUCCGCCUCCGAGGCGGCUUGGUUCGAGCUCUGCGCCACCCUCGUCUCAGCGGCGAGGCAGGGAGCUUGUGUACCCUAUGCAGACGAGGUUUGCCACCCACUACUUGAUGGUGGAGAGGCUGUUGGAUCGUCGCAGAGCGUUGGAGGCAUUGAUGAUGAGCGGCGAUUGGCUGCGGACUGCAUGGAGGAGGUCCAUUUUUCUGCAGGCCAGAUGGGUGCGUCAUCAGGUGCGGUACGCGCCAUUCUGGGAGCACGUGGAGGACAUCGUGGCGCUCAUGACGCCUAUGAUGCAGUUGCUGCGGCGUCUGGACAGGGGGGGUUCGCAUGAUGACUCGCAUGUGGUCGUGGGGUUUUGUCAUGGUCGACAGGGUGGCGAGAGCAAGCCUCAACAUGACGCUGAAGGACGAGCUCCACAUCGUUGUUCAGGCUUGUCAGGAGCGGGUCGCUCAUAUGUUGGAGCCCGCACAUUGCAUGGCCCACCUCCUCAAUCCGCGGCAGAGGAGCAUUACUUUUUUUGGAGCGGCGAGGCGUACCGACCACGAGCGGAUACUGGCAGACGAGUCGUUACGUUGCGCACGCAGCUGGCGGAGUUUCAUUCUCGGGAGGGCGAUUGGAUGUAUGGAGGGGCCGAGGGAGACAGGGAUGCGGCCGCCUGCAAAGGGGAGAAGGAGACGUCACAGGUCCAGCGCGGGCGGAAGGAUCGCCUUUCAAAGGCACCUCCCAACGUCGCGACGUAUUUCGGUCGUCGUGCCACGGUGCUGAUGGCGCAUGAGUUGGAGUCGGUGUACGAUCCCGAGCCUGAUCCCAUGGCUCAGGAUGCGAUGGAGGCCGAGCCGUGUUCCGAUCCAGACGACCUGGCCGUGGAGUCAGAGCCAGGAGGUUCUGAUGACGAUGACGACGACACUCCUCUCAACCAGAUUCCGCAUCCUCGCACACGUGCGUCCACGGCGGCCGCUGCACCGUCUCCCGCAGCACGCCCUCCUUCGAGUGCUCCCGACGUCUCACAGCCAGGCCCGGCGGACCAUGUCGAGAGCAGUACGCCACACCCUUCAACCGAUCGUCGAGGACAGGGAGGGACUCGCGAGCGUGUCGACGAGGGAGACGACGGCGAUGGCGACGAUAGGGAGGGAUAUGACGGCAGCAGUGAGGAUGAGGAUGAUCCAUGUGAUUCCCCGACACGCGGACAUGGUGACGACGACGACGACGAGGGCGGCGACGGUGGACGGGCUGUGGGUGGUUUGCGGAAGUCCGAGAGACAGCGUGGCGACCGAUGCAGUGGUGCAGGCAGGGGAGGCAGCGGGCCGGGUGUUGGGGGUGCAGGGCGUGGUGGCAUAGGAAAAGUAAGGCGAGAGUCUGCAUCGUCCACUCGCACUGUGCAUUGGGUUGAUGAGGAGAGGCCCGUUGAGGCAGCUGUGGUUGCUCCCUCCCCUAUGGAGGUUGCUCCCUCCCCUGCAGAGUUCGCUGCGGCGUCUGCAGAGGGCGCAGUGGCGUCUGCGGAGGGUCCAGGCGGGUUUGCGGGUGGUAGUGGCGAUGCUGGAGAGGUUGGGAGGCCAUCUGCACAGGUGGGUGUCAGUUUCAGCGACAGCAUUUUUGAUGUUUCGUUAGGGCAUCCUCCGACACCGACAGGGGAGCGUGUCGGUAUCGGUGUGGACGCAGCGUCCACGCCCGUCAGUCAGAUACUUCGUGACAUACCUUCAUGCAGCACGGGCGACAUCAGUAGUAGCAUGUUGCAGGAGGCAGCAAAGGCGGCACCGGGUCGGUCGGGGCAACACGAGCGUGCAGCUGGGGAUGAUGGGGAGUGUCGACCUGUGCAGGAGCGGGCGACAGAGUCAGAGCAGGACAGGAUCGACCUCAAGGAGAAGAGGAGGGCGCAGGGGUUGGCUAGCCGCUGCGAAAUGACGCAGAGUGUUGCAUUGAGGGCACAUGUAGCGCGAAUGCUCGAGACGGGCGUUGAGGCAGGUGAUCCAAAGGGCGAGUGCGGCGCUGCAGGCAUAGGGGAUGCGGGCGAGAGACCUGCGUCACCAGUUCAGGGUGUUUGGGUAUUGCCGCUCGGUGGGGCCAUAUCGGCGGGGGAGUUGGAGCGGCAGGCACGGGAGGACCCGUUGCUGGCAGAUCGCCGGGGGCAGAUGACCGAGGCGUCGAGGAGACUGAUGGCAGAGGCCCCAGCUUACUUGCCUUGCAGCUCGUCAGUGCCAUCGUCCACCACAGGUAUCAGCACACCCGCAUAUGUGGAGGGCACAGUCGCGGCUGAGGCGGUACGGGGCCCCUCGCCGACACCCGCCGGGGAGUCUCCUUCUCCUCAGUCACGGAAGAAGAAGAUGAGAGCAGGGAAAAGUCUUAGUACCGUGAGGAGAGUGACGCAGAGGAUGCGGGCGAGUCAGCCUGGGUUGGCCGGUUUACAUACGCGAACACGGGCGAUUUUGAGCGGGGACGUUGUCGCAGACGCAGCAGGAUGGCAGGAGAGGGUCUCCGACCGAGCGACGGAUCAGCCCAUGAGCGCACCUGCUGAGGCGACGUUGCCACAUACUGCAGGGCGUACAGCGGGCACCGGUGACCACGCUGAGCACAGUGCGCCCCCCGGGAGGAGCAUGGCUGCACGUAUAUUGCGGGAGGAUGUGAGGGCAGCGACAGCGCAACGACCGUCGCAGGCGCCAAUCGUUUGGGAGUUUGGCACAAACGAUUUGGAGAUGCCUUAUGACCAAUGGAGGAGGGUUUCCAUGAACGAUCUUCUUCGACCACAGGGAGGGGUUGAGGCAGCGCCACAGGGGGAGAUUCAUGCUCCGGAUACUACGCACGCGCCGGUAGGCGGCACAGGUCGUGGGGAUGGUGUGACAGGUGUGGUGCCGCAGAGGAGGAGGAAGGACAUUGUGGACGACGAUGACGCAUAGUUCCACCAUUAGUCUUCUUUCAUUCUCUGAUUCGUAGUAGUGUACACUAUAUUUAGUGCUUGAGACGA